AUGGCUGCCGGUCUUUGGCUUUUGGGCGGGGCGACGGCACUUCUGUGUGCAGGAACCAAUAUGCCCCUCCUCGUUAUCGGUCGUGGUUUGCAAGGCAUAUCUGCUGCUCUCGUCUGGACGGUUGGCCUCACCCUCAUCGUCGACGCCACUAGGAGUGAUAACAUUGGGAAAGCCAUGGGAUAG